AUGCGCAGGAAGCAUGGAGCCGCGGCGCGGAACAUCGCCUAUCGGCACAGACGUCGCAGUCCACGACAGGGUGCUAUAAAGCCCGUUGCCAAGAUUUCUUAUAAUUCUCUUUGGGGGACUCAGAUCCGUCUUUUGCGCAUCACGCCUGGCGUGGGCAGGGUAAAAUGCCAGCUUCGCACCGUCUACCUCAGCGAAGACCCACGAUACCAUGCACUGUCCUACGUGUGGGGUGACUCAAAAGAUAUGCGAUUGAUAAAAGUCAACGGAACGUUAUUUCCGGUCACAGUCAGUCUGUAUGACGCAUUAAUCGCAUUCCGAGAUAUGCCCUCCGACAAUAUCCUCUCGCCACCGUUUCUUAUCUGGGUUGAUGCCAUUUGUAUCAAUCAGCACGACGAGAAGGAGAAGAACCGACAGAUCCCACGCAUAGGACACAUCUAUGCUGCAGCGGAACGGGUCAUUAUCUGGUUGUCUUCCUGCAUCAUGUGGCGGUUUAAUCAAACCGAUUUACAUAAGGGAUUCUUUCACCAUCAAGCAAACACAAGGCCAUCGUGGCCUGACUUGGGCAAAAUGUUUGAAUGGCAUCCUUGGUUUUCUCGAAUCUGGACUGUGCAGGAGGCUGUGCUCACAAAGAGAUCCCCCAUCUUUGCCCACGCCUUUGAUGGAUUCGUCUGCACUGCGACACUUGACUGGAUCGAUGGACUCGCGACAGGAAUGAAGUACUUUGGCCCAGGGCUUGCAUGGGAUAACUUAGUGAAAAUGAGAUCAUGGGCGCAGAAAUCGCAUUUGUCCCGGGAUCUGAAGGAUGAAAAUGCCGGUUCAAUGCUUAUAAUACUUUUGAACCUUACCAGCCGGAAAAGGUCUUCCAUUCUUCAAGACCGUAUCUACGGGCUCUACGGUCUACUGCAAGUUUUGAAUACUCGGUUUCCUGAAUUGCGGCUCCCUCUUGUGGAUUACAGCCGCCCCUCUGGACAGGUUUUCUCCGAUAUCACCAAGCUCAUUAUUCAAUACACCGGCGACUAUAAGUUCAUACGAGGCGCGUCCUAUGGGCACCGAGUGCCCGAAGCCCCUACCUGGGUGUCAAAAUUCUAUUUGAGCUCAUCUUCAUCCCGACUCGGCCAGUUCUCGGAUCAACCGCCGGAGCUUUCAGACGAUGGUAAGGUGCUCACCGUCACUACAAAUAUAAUCGACUCCUGUGAGAUUGUUGCUCCUGACAAGUCAUUUACACACAUGGCUACAUUUGAGGACAGGAAAAUGGCAGUCAUCGAACGCAUCAAAGAAAUCGAAGACAUGAUCAUUAGACCAUUGUCGUCUCGUCGAUCUGUGGAUUCUAAAUACCUUUGGUCAGCCGUGUUGUCGAUUGACGAUUUCAAAACCCUUGUCAAGGUCCGCGAGGCUGAGUUUGAUGGCGCAGAGUGGCUAGGCAAUGAGCGACUAACGAAGUUGCACGCAGUGCUCGAACAAUUUCUUUCCAUUUCCACCAAAGAGGGCUAUAUUGGGAGAUGUAGUAACGACGUACCAUGCCAAUCUGGGGACGUCAUAUGUGUCACGUCGGUGAGGGAACCGUUCAUUAUUCGCAGGAUAAAUGCUAGCGAUCAGUUUGAAGUGAUUGGGCCAGUGAGUAAGUGUGAAGAUGGGCUCACAAACCUUGACGGGGGGGCUUUCGAUCGUAUCCAGCUGAUCUAG